AUGGACGGCACCACCCAAGGCCAACCCGGCCAGGCGAUGCAGCCGCCCCAAGCUCAGCAGCAGCAUUCGAACCUGAUCCGUACCGACCAGGUUCAGAAGCUUCCGCACCUGAACGACCAGCAAAAGGCCCAACACACCCAGCUAGUCCGCACCCUCUGGGAGGCGCUCAACACUCGUGAUCCGACGACACAGGAAUAUCAGUCCGCACACGCCAAGCUUUCCCAGCUUUCGCAGACCCUCAUGAAGGGCAUGCGCAUCUUCCAGCAGAACCGACAGCAGGCUCUGCAGCAGCACCAAGCUGCUCAGCAACAGGCCCAAGCUGGCAACCAGCACCUGAACACCGCUCAGGUCCAGCACGGCCAGCCUGUUCAGCGCCAACCUCUCAACCCGCAGAACCUGGGGCAACUCCUCCCCCAGAUACAGGCCAAGGUUAGUUCGCUGAACUUCUACCUUCCGCCCAACGUCACCCAAGAGCAGGUGCAGACGUGGAUUCCGGAGGCUCGCCUGCGAUAUGGCAUCGCCCUGCAGAAGCAGGAAGUCGGUCGCGCCCGUAUUACGGACCUGCGUGCCCAGUUCAACCAGCGUCAGACUGCUGGAAAUAUGUCCCAGGAGGAAAUUACCGAAUUCAAGAACCGCCAGUUGGCCGCCGAGAAGCUGUACCGCGAGGGCAGCGAUUUCCUCAACAAAUUUAAGGAACAACAAGAGACGUUCAAGAUGCAGUCUCAGCAAACGCAGCCCAUGAGCCAGGCUGCUCAGGGAGCUACGGCUCCCCAGACCCAGGCUGCAACUACCGCUCCUGCCGCCACUCAACCCGCGGCUCCUACCCAGACUGCCACCGGCAACGCGACAAACGCCAUGCCUGGACAGGCUCCUACUCCUGCGGCGCACACGAUUAAUUCUGCCGUCAACGCCGCCCGCAACCAAGCCGGGCAGGCAAUGUCACCUUCCACUUCUCAGCCUGGUCAGGCUCCACCUUCGGCAGGCGGUACUCCCGCACCUUCCAACGCGGCUCCUCCCGCACAGCGCCCUCAGCCGCCCUCCCAGCAGGGAACGCCUGGCGCUCAAAUCACCUUCAGCCAAACUCCCAACCCGGAUGGCUCUACCCCCACCCCUACCAACUCGCAACAAGGUAUGAAUCAGGGCCCGCCGCGCGCCCUCUCUCAAACCGCCGCCAUGCAGCAAGCUGCGACCUACAACACCACGAACCCGAGCCAGCCUGCUCAACCGCCGCAGCCCAUGAACCAAACUGCCAACAACCAGGCUACCCACCCCCAGGGCUAUCUCGCCAACCGGAACACCGAGGCCAGUGCUCGCAACAUCAACAUGGUCAUCCCCAAGAACCUGAAUGUCUCGACUCCCGAGCCCGUCUCCAUGCCUUCGUCUCGCCCUACUCUUUCCGGUGGUCCCAGCCACGGCGCCAUGGGCAUGAUGGGCCAGCCAGCUGUCCAGAAGCACCCGGGUUACGUCCUUGAGGGCGAGGGACAGCACGUUCUUAGCAAGAGAAUGCUUGAUAUUCUUGUUCGUCAAGUGACGGGCGGUGGUGAAGGUGAAAUGCUCUCACCUGAUGCUGAAGAAGUGAGUCCAGAUGAUCCCGCUUAUCAUGAUUUUGAAUUCGGUUAUUACGUGCUUGAACUUCCUUGCCGUCCUGUGCCUGAAGUCCCCAAGCCUGAUCCCGAGACAUUGCGCCGCAAGCAGAACGCCCUUUUUGUACUCUCCAUGGCCGACGAUUUCGUGGAUGAUGUAAUUACCCAAGCAUGUCGUCUUGCUAAACUCCGCCCCUCAUCCUCUCUUGAAAUCCGUGACAUUCAACUCGUUCUUGAGCGCAAUUACAAUAUGCGCAUUUCCGGCUUUGCUACCGAUGAUCUUCGCACUGUCAAGAAACCCCAGCCUACUCAAGGUUGGUUGCAGAAGAUGUCUGCUGUUCAGGCUGCAAAGGUUACUCAGGGUCGUUCUGAGUAG